GGAGGCAGCAAGACUAUAAGAAGUCUGGGCUGCACAGACAGCAGUAUGCUGGCUAUGUCACAGAGGAGAUGGCCAGCUGCCUAAAAGCCAUCUGGAACUGGAGAUUUCAGAGAGUGGUCUUCAGUACCACCCAACUCUUUUGCUUCAGUGCCCUGAUCUCUGAGCUAAUUAACCAGAAAGAAGUGGCAGCAUGGACCUAUCACUACAGCAACAAAUCAUACUCAUGGAAUUAUUCCCGGGAAUUCUGCCAGAAGUACUACACAGAUUUAAUAGCUAUCCAGAAUAAAAAUGAGAUUGCUUACCUCAAUGAGGCCAUACCUUACUACAGUUCUUACUACUGGAUUGGGAUCCGAAAGAUUAACAAUCAAUGGACCUGGGUGGGAACCAAAAAGACUCUCACCAAGGAAGCUGAGAACUGGGCUGACAAGGAGCCCAACAACAAGAAUAAAAACCAGGACUGCGUGGAGAUCUACAUCAAGAGUUCGUCAGCCCCUGGCAAGUGGAAUGAUGAGCCCUGUGGGAAAAAGAAGCGGGCACUGUGCUAUACAGCCUCCUGCCAGGAUAUGUCCUGCAGCAAGCAAGGAGAGUGCAUUGAGACCAUCGGAAACUACACCUGCUCCUGUUACCCUGGAUUCUAUGGACCAGAAUGUGAAUAUGUCACAGAGUGUAGCGAAUUGGACCUCCCUCAACACAUGCUCAUGAACUGCAGUCACCCGCUGGGAAACUUCCCUUUCAACACACAGUGCAGCUUCCACUGCGCUGAAGGGUACACACUGAAUGGACCCAGCGAGCUGGAAUGUUUGGCUUCUGGAAUCUGGACGAAUACGCUUCCACAGUGUGUAGCUGUCCAGUGCCCACCCCUGAAGUCUCCUGAGCAAGGAAGCAUGACCUGUUUCCACUCUGCAAAAGCAUUCCAGCACCAGUCCAGCUGCAGCUUCAGUUGCGAAGAGGGAUUUGCAUUAGUUGGGCCAAAGGUGGUGCAGUGCACAGCCUCGGGGGUGUGGACAGCCCCAGCUCCAGUGUGUAAAGCCAUUGCCUGUGAGCCUCUGGAGAGUCCUGACCAUGGAAGCAUGGAUUGCUCCCUGUCUUCCAGAGCAUUUCAGUACGACACCAACUGUAGCUUUCAUUGUGCUAAGGGUUUCACACUGAGAGGAGCUGACACAGUUCGAUGUGCUGAUUUGGGACAGUGGACAGAGCCAGCCCCAGUCUGUCAAGCGUUGCAGUGCCAGUAUCUUCCAGCCUCAAACAAGGCCCAGGUGAACUGCUCCCAUCCCUUUGGUGCCUUUAGGUACCAGUCGACCUGCAGCUUCACCUGUGAUGAGGGCUUGCUCCUGGUGGGAGCAAGUGUGCUGCAAUGCUUGGAUACGGGGAACUGGAAUGCUCCUUUUCCAGAAUGCCAAGCUGUUACCUGCGCACCUCUCCCAAACCCUCAGAAUGGAACAAAGACCUGUGUCCAGCCUCUUGGAGAUUCCAGUUAUAAGACCACAUGCCAGUUCACCUGUGAUGAGGGAUUCUCUUUAUCUGGACCGGAAAGAUUGGACUGUACUCCAUCUGGACACUGGACAGAUUCCCCACCAACGUGUGACGCCAUCAAGUGUCCAGAACUAUCUGCCCCAGAGCAGGGAAGCCUGGAUUGUCCUGACACUCAUGGAGAAUUCACUGCUGGCACCACCUGCCAUUUCUCCUGUAACAAGGGCUUUAAGCUGGAGGGGUCCAACCAUGUUGAAUGCACAGCUUCUGGAAGAUGGACAGCACCCCGACCGACCUGUGACGACAUAGUAUCAGCUCCUACUGUAGAGGUGCAAUGCCCAUCCCUCGUCACUCCAAAGCAGGGAACAAUGUCCUGUCAGCAUCAUCUGGGAACCUUUGGUUUGAAUACCACUUGCCACUUUGGAUGCAAAGCUGGAUUCACACUCAUGGGAGAUAGUGCUCUCCGAUGCAGACCUUCUGGACAAUGGACAGCAGUAGCUCCAGCAUGCAGAGCUGUCAAAUGCUCCAAGCUACACGUUACUGAGCCAAUAGUGAUGAACUGCUCCAACCCUCGAGGAAAUUUCAGCUAUGGAUCAACCUGCAGCUUCCAUUGCCCAGAGGGUCUUUUACUUAGUGGCUCAGCGAGAACAGUGUGCCAAGAGAAUGGCCAGUGGUCAGCUAUCAUGCCAGCGUGCCAAGCGGGGCCAUUGACUAUCCAGGAAGCCUUGACUUAUUUUGGUGGAGCAGUGGCUUCUACAACAGGUUUAGUGACGGGUGGGCUACUCCUCGCUCUGCUAAGAAAGCGUUGCAGACAAAAAGAUGAAGGAAAAAGCCCCUUGAACCCUCAAAGCCACCUAGGAACAUAUGGAGUUUUUACAAAUGCUGCAUUUGAUCCAAACCCUUAAGAGACCUGUCCUUCUCUUGGUCACCUCACUCAAACUCCACAAGAUCCUAUUUUUGAACAUCAGCCUUCCCGACAGACUUGACUGUAACUGUAGCUUAUUUGCCGCAGUUUUCUGUAAAUACUUGUGAAUAAGGGGCAUGGAAUUUCCUUUAGAUUAGCUCUGGACCAGAGCAGGACUGUACCACAAGCCCCAGCUCUCCACCCACCACCCCUUCCUGCUCCAUUUCCUCUUCCUCCAACACAAGCCUCAGAACUGGGACUGAAUGUUUCUGCCGUGGUCUGUGGGCUUUGCCCCAGCUGUCACUUGAGAUACUAAUUAACUAGAGCCUGGAGCAUCUGACUCACCAGAAGACCAGACUGCAGAAAAAUAAGAAUGCCCCUUUAUUUUGGGAUUGGAGGAAAUCAUCCUCUACUUUGCUGGAAGGCAGGAGGCAUCUCUGACUUGAGGGAAUUUCUGUAGGAUUUCCUGGGUCUUCACUGCUUGCUGUUUGUGAAGGCUUUUAGACCUCUGCUGCAAGGCUUCAAGAGAAGCCUCUGGAUGGCACCAGAGGCUGCAGAAGACUAAGAAUCAAGACAGGAAGGUACAGGUCACUGCAGACCUUCCCUCCACCGGUCAUUCUCCCCCAGAGGACUCAAAGACCAAUACUCGAAUGUCUAAUUAAAAGGAU